AUCAUUCAAUAACAGUGUGAAUUAUAUAAUUGUGAAUGUGUGAUUUUUUUUUUAGAUAAAUAGUUAAUAUAUUCAACAUUUGGAUAACUGCUGAAUAUAUAUAUCUUUACAAAUGGCUGACAAGUGCAUUUGCGUGAAAGAUUUUGAAAUAUUGGCAGCAAAACGAUUGGAUAAAAAUGCUUUGGAUUAUUAUAAGUCUGGUGCCACGGAUGAACAAACUCUCAAGGAAAACUGUACAGCUUUCAAAUCAUGGAGAUUUCAACCACAAGUUUUGAGGGAUGUUUCGAAUGUUAAUAUGGAAAGCUCAGUCCUGGGAAGCAAGAUUCCUUUUCCAAUCUGCAUAGCACCUACUGCCAUGAACAAAAUGGCAUCUCAUGAUGGUGAAAUUGAUUCUGCAAAAGCAGCAAACUCUCUCGGUACUGGUUUUGUACUAAGCUCUUGGGCAACAUCUAGUAUCGAAGAAAUUACUACAAAUGUUCCAGACGUAAUAAGAUGGUUCCAAUUGUACGUGUACAAAGAUAAAACUGUGACUGAAAAUCUAGUUCGACGAGCUGAAAGGAAUGGAUAUCAGGCUCUUAUUGUAACUGUAGAUACUCCAUUGCUUGGUAAACGUUACCAGGACGCAAGAAAUAAGUUUGCUCUGCCUUCAAAUUUGACCCUAAAAAAUUUUGAAAAAGAAACUACGAAAGAGGAUGGGUUUUCUAAAGGGGUAAAAAGUGCACGAGAAUCAGGACUAGCUGAAUACGUUGCAUCUCUCAUCGAUCCAUCUUUAAGCUGGAAAGAUAUUGAUUGGUUAAAAACUAUCACAGAUCUACCAAUCAUAGUCAAAGGAAUUUUGACUGCAGAAAUGGCGCUGGAAGCAGUCAACCAUAAUGUAGCAGGUAUCCUGGUUUCAAACCAUGGAGCCCGACAGCUAGAUGGCGUACUUCCCACUAUAAACGCUCUUCCCCAAGUUGUAAAAGCAGUCGAUGGACGAUGCGAAGUUUACCUUGAUGGUGGAAUAAGAAAUGGGGGAGAUGUAGCAAAAGCUAUUGCUCUUGGUGCGAAGGCUGUUUUUGUGGGAAGGCCAAUAUUAUGGGGCCUUGCUUGUGAUGGGAAAAGGGGGGCCCAAAAAGUUUUGGAAAUAUUACGGGAUGAAUUUGAAGGGACAAUGAAAUUGUUGGGUGUUACGUCAACCGCUGAAUUACAAUCUGUUCAUGAUCUUGUUAUUCAUGAGUCAAAAAUACUUUCGCGAUUGUAAUUAAUUUUUUAAUUUUGUGCAGUUAUGGUAGGUUUUAACAGUGCAAUAAGGUUGAGCUAUUGCUUUUAAAAUUUUAUUUACAAUUGUUAUAAUUGCAUUUGUGAUAAUUUUGUUUUAAUCUUGUGCAGUUAUAGUAGUUACAUUUAUAAUUGAUGGUGCAACUUUUACUCUUUUUUAAUCAUAUUUUUGCAUAGUAUAAGUUCCAGUAAUAGUGAUAAAUUGUUUUUUUUUCUAUUUUAUUUUCCCCUUUUCAACCUUUAAAUUGAUUUUGAUAAUCAUUUUCAAUGAAUUAUUUUGAAUUGAGUACUGUGUCCCCAUUUUAUGGAAUUGAUCAUUUCAAAAAUUUUGAUUGCCUUGAAGUAGGCUAUUUAUCAAAAAGUGAAAUAAUUUUGUAUUCUGCUUCCAAUAAGACUUUAGAUAAGUGGUAUAAAUUUGGUUCAAUGCUCACGUUCCGGGGGGGAGUCGAAUGGGUCGGUCGUUUGUGAAUAAUUAAUUUUGAUUUUGUGCAGUCAUAGUAGGCUAUAUUAUAUAGUGGUGGUGGGAUAUGAUUGAACUAUUGCUUUUAGAAUUUACAUUUAUAAUUGUUGGUGCAACUUUAACUCGUUAAUAAUCAUAUUUUUUAUAGUGCAAAUAAAUUUCAGUAGUUUUAAUGAGUUUCAGAGUCAUAUUUUUACCUGUUUUCAAAUUUUAAAUAAUCAUUGAUGGAUAAAAUAGGUUCCAUCCCGUCAUUCUAAUAAGAAUUUUAUUCUAAUAGGACGUUAUCUCUGUUUAUUUUGUAUUUGUUUAGGAUUUAAUAUUUCGGUAAUUUUAAUGAAUCAUUUUAAAUCAAGUGUCGACUCUGAAAAUACUAGUUAAAUUUAAAAUUUUGAUUGCCUAAAUUCAUUUUGUGUUUUGCUUCCAAUAAGACUAUAGAUGAGCAAUAUAAAUUUGUCGAUGAUUCAAUGCUUAUAGUAUCAGGGGACUAGCCAGGGGGGAGGUGAUUUGGGCAUUUGUGAAUAAUUUUGUGCAGUUAUAGUAGUUACAAUUAUAUUUGUUGGUGCAACUUUCACUUUUUAUUAAUCAAAUUUUUGUAUAGUUUUAAGUUUCAGUAAUUGUGAUAAAAAAAAAAAUUUCUAUUUUAUUUUCCCGUUUUUUCAACCUUUAAAUUGAUUGAAUAUUUAUCAAUGGAUGAAAUAGGCCUGAUUUUAUCAUUCUGAACUUUUUUCAAAUUAGGCUCGCUAGUGUAAUCUUCACUGAUUCAUCCUUGUAUUUUUGUUUCAACAAUAAAUGUUUUGUUAAUUUUACUGAAUUAUUUUAAAUCGAUUAUUGUGUUGUGUCUUUAUGCCAGGGGUGCACAACACGAGGCACGGCACGCCUUACGCUCAAAACUUGGCACGCG